CCCAGCCUCAGCCUUUGGAUCCUAUUUACAAAUGUUGAGUGCUCCGCAUGAGUUUCCGACCAGAUUCAUUGCGCGUUACCCUUGAGAUGCUGAAAUCAGGCGAGUUGCAAAUAACAUGUUGGCAACAGAUGGGCAAAGGAAAACUGCGUGUGUUGGUUGGCUUCAACCACUGCACGGCCCUUGACGUCGGCCACCUCAUCACGAAAGACUGCAUGCUUGCCGCUCGCGCCAUCGACUUUCAUAGGCUGAACAGAUGGUGCCCAAGGUCGCAGCUGCAUUUGUGGCAGGGGCCAGCCUCCAGCUUCCCCUGCAACCUGAAGGACUUAUAUUCGACGCCCUCAGCCUGAUGGAUUUCCGGAACCGACCUCUGUUCUUCAUCUUCUCCGACCAUUCAGUACGUGAGCAAUGGCAGAAUUGAUUGACAACAGCGAAACUCCUGAGGACCAAAUAGGUGUGAUCCCGAUUUACAGGCCGGCGGGGCGAGCUCGAGGCCGCAUUUUUGCCUUUCACGGGUUUACUGGCUCGUGGAAAGAAACCUGGACUCGAGACGGGGUCUUCUGGCUGCAAGACCUGCUCCCCAAAAAGUUCCCUCACUGCGAGAUAUGCAGCAUUGGUUGGGAAGGCAAGGAUUUUGAUCCGUCCAACGUCGAUGAAAGGGAUGACUCGAACCGCACCUCGCUCGGUGAGCUGGCGAAAUCCAUAGCGCACACCAUCAGGUCCUAUAUGCGCGACACGCCUUUGGAUAGGCGGAGCCCAAUUGUGUACAUCGUCCACAGCCUGGGGAUUUUCGAAGAGGUAUGUCUUAAGUUACCCAUCUUUGGAGUGCUUCAAGGCUGCUUAUCCUUUCCAGGCCAUUAAUUUGCUGUAUAAGCCGUCCUACCUUGAAAUCAACACUUGCACUCCCGAGCUUGACCAGUUGAAAGGCAUAAUUUUUCUCGGUUUGUUCUCUAACAAUCCGUACCGCGCUAUAUAUGAACCUGGCACUUACUCUGGCAUCAGCCACACCGCAUCGCUUUAACCGUCCCGCUAAACAUUACUCUCGAGUCUUCCUCGACAAUAGCCAGCUCCAGGACCACAUAGCAAACCGAAAGUCUGCUCGCACGUUAGAUUCAUUCAGAACCAUUGUCGAGGCCCAAAAAACAAAGCUAUUCUCAAUCGUUGAGCAAUUCCCACUUGACAAGGGCGGUGAUAUACUUUUCACAGAAUCAGAGAUCACCGUCAACUCGCCAAAAUUCGAAACCGUUCAGAAAAUGCCAAAAAAUCACAUCGAGAUAGCGACAUUUGGAUCUGAUACGGAGCAAUCUUUCCUCGAUCUGUGCACGUGGUUGAGAACCAUCUUCGGAGACUUGAUUGAUCAGGACACUACUUGGGACAUGCAGUUCAUUCCUCUCACAGCUCGCCAGCCAGGAUGCUAUGAUUCCAUUCCUUUCGAGGGAAAUUCAGACAACUAUUCCCAACGGUGGAUCAACACGAUUAAACGAUCUGGGGUCCAUUACCGUGAUAAAUGGUUUCAUUUUCCGACAAACCACGAAUCAGAAGUGACGGGUGCGGGAGCAAUAGCUUUAGGGCUGCCUCUAGGUCUCGGUGACGUCCCGCGAGCGCGGAAGGAUCUUCCGCAUGCGCGUUACGUCCUACCAAGCACAUGCGUCUCAAUGGAGUCGUGGGGGGCAGAUGCAGAUACGAUUUUCUUCCGGCUCGUUCUUCCAUAUCUUCACUGGGAUACAAUGGCUGGGGCGAGCAGGUAUAAGAAGUGGCUGAAAUGGAAACAGAACCCGAACAGCUUGGACUCAAAUCCAUUCCCAGUAUUCGCUUCUCUGCCGGAGCCCUUCAAAUCUUACCACCCGCGCCGAACCUUGGAUCAAUUCUACUAUUCACGCCUCGAACACACUGAUGAGCGGGACAAUGAUCAGGUGGUUUCGAAACAGACCAAAGCCUCUCCCACAGGAGCAAAAAUGAUAAUGGUGGAUCAGCUCUGGCUUGGUUUAUGGGUUUCCGCGCAGCACCCAGCUCUGCGGUCGCCUGCGCAGUUGAAUUUUCGGAAGGACAGAGCCAUUAUUUUGACUUCAUUUCCUGACACGGCCUAUGCGAGAGACGAUGAUCCACCUCGCGAGAAGUAUUGCGCUGUUGACAUUCGGCAGCAGGUUUUCAAAGCAAUAGAGGACGGAGCAAUACGCGGGCCGACGUCGGACGAGGUUCCGGCUGCAGAUUGUGCAGUCGAAGUCCUGCGGACUGCACUCCUGGGCAUGCUUUCUUAUCGGAAAGACUGGUCAUUAGAUUUCAUGGAACUAUUCCGUGAAGCUCUCGGCCAAAUCACAGAGCAGCACAGCAAAAAUUUCCGUCAAUAUACUACUUCCAUCGGCAGCCGGGGGAAAUGCAGCGAGCAGGAGGAGAUAAAAUUCAAGGUGAUGGUUCAGACAGGCAAGAUGGAGGAAAUUCGUCUUAGUCUUGAGGUCGCCGACAUCAUCGAUGAGCUGAACAUGCUCAGGAAGUUGUUUGUAGAACAGAUUGAAGUUCUCCAACGAGCCAGCAUACAAGUUGACGAAGUGAGAGCCGGACCGGGAAUUGAGCACGCUCCGUGGCUCGAAUCAUUCGGCAAGACACUACGAGAGCUGUUAGGUAAGGUCGAAGACUAUUUAUUUCGGGCUAAAAGCAUGAUUGAAGACGGCGAACGGGCGCAGAAAGACAUCUUGGUAUUCCUGGACAUCCAGCAAAGAGAGGAGAACAUCCAAGAAACAAGGAGCCUGAAUCAACAAGCCCUGUUUGCCGCCAAACAGGCAAUAUCUGCUCAGGAACAAGCCGACGCGACCGAUGCUCAGAAUCAAAUCCUGUUCAUAUUCACCAUCGUCACCAUCGUCUUCACGCCACUUUCGUUCCUCGCCUCCUACUUCGCCCUGGCCGACAAGCACAACGGGACCAUAUUCGGUGCGUCAGCGGGCGUUUGGGUUGGCCUAGGCUUGACGGGCUUGCUGUACUUCUUUUGGUCAAGGCGCGGCGCGAAGAAGAGUAGGAUCGAGGAACUCGCCGGAUUGAAGAUGGGCGGAUAUCUGCCAGAUCGAUUGCUGGAUUCGAAUCGGAAAUUAUCUGAAGAGGUGGACAAAAAGGUAGAGGAAUUGGUAAGGAAGGCGGAAGAGGAGGAGGGGGAGAGGAGGAAGAAGAUCGUGUGAUAAGCGAGGAGAGCAACUAUCCAGUUUCUCAGUCUUUUAUCUCCUGAAACCCCAAUCCGUGGCGACGUGAACUGUCUUAGCCACACUCCAAUAAUCUAAUGUUCCAAUCUCAAAGCGUUUGCUCAUA